AGUCUGAGGGAGCAGACGCAAUCAAUGGGAGCGUAUCAGCAGAAAACCGGCAUUAGAAGCUGCUGAGAUGGACAACAUGGCGACAGACAGCAGGGAUGAACCACAGACAGACUUUAUCUACUGUAGCGGAGCCAUCACAGAGGUCCUUAAAUUUGGCUGCUGUCGGCUACACUCUGGACACAAGGUGCUCUUUCUCAUCAUUCCAGGCAACCCAGGUGUAGUGGGCUUCUACAAAACCUUCAUGCAAACACUUCACAGUACGUUUGGAUACCGACACCCAGUGUGGGCUGUAAGCCAUGCUGGCCACUGUGUACCACCAGCCUCCAUGGACAUGGUAGACGAUACCUCGUCAGCAGAAGACGAUGAUGUGUUUGGUCUGAAUGGGCAGAUUGAACACAAGCUGGCCUUCCUCAGGAAACACGUUCCCAGAGAAACCAGCCUGGUCCUGGUGGGACACUCCAUCGGUUGCUACAUUAUUCUGGAGAUGAUGAAGAGAAAUCCUGAACUUAAGGUACUGAAGGCUGUCAUGUUGUUUCCCACCAUCGAGCGCAUGGCUCAGACUCCUCAGGGCAAGGUCAUGACCCCUGUGCUGUGUCAAAUGCGUUACAUGGCCUAUCUGCCUCUGUUCCUGCUCUCUCUGCUGCCCGACAGCAUCAAAGCCAGUCUGAUCAAACUGGUGUUUAGUCGUAUCUCCUCUCUGGACCACUCUGUCAUCCAGCCUACUGUUGGUUUACUCAGUGGAGACAGUGCAGCUAAUGCCAUGUACAUGGGGGGCCAGGAGAUGAGGAAAGUUCUGGAACGAGACAACACAACUAUCAAGAAAAAUCUUGACAAGCUCAUAUUUUAUUAUGGAGCUACAGAUCACUGGUGCCCUGUACAGUACUAUCAUGACAUCAAGCAGGACUUCCCACAUGGAGAUUUCCGACUGUGUGAAAAUGGCUUCCGCCAUGCCUUUGUCCUGGAUGCAGGACGAGAUGUUGCCAAAAUGGUGGUUGAAUGGAUCAGAGGCGAUUUGACGACAUGAGUUCAUUCUUCUCUUGGCAUUUCUUCCACUGCCUGAACACUGACGACCACAACAUGUGAUGACCAAACCUACUAGUAGUGAUAUUUGAAUUGAAUUGAAUUGAAUUGAAUUGAAAGAAAUGUAUUGUGUUGGCCAUUAUUAAAUAUUAAUUUAUAUAGAUAUAUAUGAAGUGGUGGCACUCGUUUAGAACAGUUUGGCUACAGAAAGGAUAUCAAACUCUAUCAAGACAACAACUUUAUUGAAUUCCUAAUCAAAGUGACAUAUUCAGCAUCAGCUUCAAAGGACGAAGCAGAAAACUCUCAAUGGCACUGCUGUAGCUCUUCUCAUAUUAGUACAUGACAAAUGUGUUUCUCAGUUGGACAAUAGGAUGAACCUCUGACUUCAUUGAACUGCAUGUAUUCAUCUUUCAUGCCUUUCUCUUCAAAUUUGUACAAGAAAACGCUUGAAUUCACUUUCACCUCCAACUUUAACCUUCAGACAGAUGGCCUCAUAUUAUCUUUAAGCACUCAAUUUGAAUGUGCAGAAUUCAUUGUUAAAACAAUGACUGCAAGCUACCCAGUCCUUGACACAGCAAAGCAAAUCCAAACCAAAACAUUGCCACCACUUUGCGUGAUGUUGGUGUAGUCCUUGGUCUGCACCAAAUAUGUAGCUUGAUGUCAGAUGUCAGAGGUUUGAAUAGGACAGGUUCCUAAUGGCACUUCUUAAAAAGGUUCUAAUUGUUGGCACCUGACCUGGAACCAAAUCUGGAUAUUUCCAUGGGAUGUACUUUCUUUUCUACCAAACUAUACAUACAGUCACAGGUGACAGUUGUGGGGCUCCAAGCACAGCUGGAACCAGAGGAAGUGAAGCGCUUUUGUUUCAGAAAUACUACACUCAAACAGUUUUGACAGAAACUUUUAAACCAAUUUUAUUUCAAAGUUAUGACCAGUGCACAAACAUAUAAAUGCCUUUAUUUCAUCUUUGAUGCAGCACUUAACUAACUUGGAAUUGAAACAGUGGCUUUGUUAAGCCUUUAUAGAAAACUAAUCUGUUGAAGUGAUGACAGUUCUUUCAAUAAAUAAGCAAAAAAACAGAAUGUGUGGUUUCCUAAAUUUGAUGUGAAUGUUUGAUACUUGUCGCAUUUGCCAACCUUCAAAUUCUUUACGAACAGGAAAGUUGAUCUUUGCAGUUUAAGAAAACUUGGUUUUAAUCUUCACUGUAGCGACUUCAUAAAAAACAAACUAAAGAGCGCUUAGAGGAUGAAGUUGGGCCGAGCUCUUUGUCCGACACGCUGUGCAAAAGAUUUGCUGAGAUUCAAAAUACGUUUCAAAAGUUUAAAAACAAAAAAAGGUCAACUUAAUAUAACAUACACAAAAUAUAACGAAAUGAAUCUCACACGAUCAAGCUUGCGGUCAACAAAAAAUACGGCAUCCCACUCACCCUCUCCUUCAUCAACUGCAUACGUGCAGGUGAGCAGGUACCUAAAUAAACCUCACACCCCUAUACCAUGUGACCAGCUCCCAAUAAAUAAUCAGAAUUAUACAAAUAACCAACCAUAAUAAAAUCUAUCAAUACUUAACAUUAAUAUUAACCAUGUCAAAAUAUUAUCAGUAAUAUAAACUCAUUCACUUUAUAUUUCAUGUGAUUCGUGGCUCCUGCAUUCACUAUUCCCCACAACAUCCUACAUGCAUGAACAGAUAUACUCUAGUAGUAACUGUGUGUCUGUGAUCUGGAAAUAAAUAUCAUCGACCAACUGUUAGAUUGUGAUUCAUAUGUUGCUGUGUUUUACUUUGUGGGAGCAAAAGCAUCGAUUGCGAAAUGCUGCAUUUCUGUCCAAGUCCAGUCAGUGACCUUCGUUACAAAUUGUUCCCAUGUUCCUGGCUUUAUUCAAUGUCCGCUCUCUUCUUACAACUUGGUAAUAAAAACUGUCAAAAAUUGAAA